AUGAACGCUUUACGAGGAGAGAAUAAAAGACCUCAGCAAACGCUUGAGGACGCACGAAUCACCACGUGAGUUAGUUCGUCAAAGUGAGGCAAAACGUAAGCAAGCGCCUCAAAGCGAGGCAAAUGUGUGUCGACGACGACGACAAAUGCAAUCUCGAAAAAACCUCCCUUAUUAAUUGCAUAGGGCACCCAAUAAUGCAUAGAACACCCAACACAAAUUAGGGGUUGCGUUCUCGUACCUCGAACGCAAUUAUUAUUAGUAUUUACCAAAUCAGUGAAUUGCAAUUUUCGCGCGUUUUAAUUGGCUCCAGUAACCCGGAAUAUCCUUGGCUAUUCACUGUUUUUCGACACAAGACAAGAUGGCGUCUCGUUUCAAGACAUUUUCGGAAGACGGAAUUUGAGCGAUAAAUGAAGCAGUCGUACAAAGAAAUACCAGAAAAGCGACGAACUUUGGCUUGUCGGUGUUUACUGGCAGGCAGAAAAUUAUUUUCAUGCUGAAUUUGCAACAAAAGUCGUAAAAAUCACUUGGCAAAAUCCCCGAAAUGUUUGUAAAUUGUAAACAAAGUUCCUACAAAGUGACGUUUUUAAUUUAAAAAAAGUUAUUUUCUCAUUUUAUGGAACUGAUUUGGUAUUUAAAAUACUAAAACAACUAUUCCCCUCUGGGUCGGUGAACAGCGCGAGAUAUAUACGUCGACGCUUCGCGUCUCAGUAUAUAUUACCACUAUUCAACUCCCCCUCGGGGGAUAGUUUUAUAUUAUUGUUAUUAUGGUGUGAACAUAGCCUUACGUAAGUCCUACUAAGAUUCAGGUCUAUUAAACAGCCAACUUGUUUUAAGUGGUCAGUUAGCCAUUCCCAGGUUUGGAGUUCACAGAGGAAAGGCAAAGGGAGAUUCGACUUAAAUUAAAUAAUUGUAAGGAAUUUUUAAUCUCUUGUAAGAAACUAUGUAAUCUAUUGAUUAUAUUGUCUCCUUGAGUUUUAAUUCACUGACAGAAAGGUUUAUUCUUUUAUAGGUCUCGGUCAAGCUUCAGAAGCGCAUCAAGUAUGGCGGCCCUUCCAAAAAAUUACACCGAUGAACAAAUAAACUAUUUUAGAAUUUGUCAUGUAACUACCGAUAUAAUGGCCGAGGGUCUGAGAGAAAUUUUUAAACAAGAAUGGGCCAAACAAUACAAAGUAAUAUGGAAAGACGAGCCUCAGAAUGGAAGGGACUUCAAAAAGGGUGAGUCCCCAAAAAACCAAAAGAAGAAUGCUCGUCUUUUGACCACUAUGAUAAACGGAGAUACAGGGAAAUGGGACUGCACAAUGCUAUUUUACGCCAUUCUUUUCUCUGAUUGCCUCGGACCGGGCCUGAGCACAACAGUCCAGAAAAAUGUGGAUGAUCUGAGAAAUUUUAGGAACGAACAAUUCGCUCACAAACCAGAAGGUAGCCUCUCUGACACAGACUUUCAAAAUGCCAUAAGCAGAGUUCUUAGCGCUUUUCAAGCGCUUGGUCUCCAGACUUCAAGAAUUCAAGUCGUGAAAAAUGAGAAAACCUUUUCGACAGAAGAGUUAAAAAAAAUCCUGGAAAAAGUUGAAGAUCUUAAAAAGGAACUUAAAGAAACAGAGGGUCAUCGACAGGUCCUUGCAGAUCAACUUCAGAAAGAAGCACCUUCAUUCUGUAUACUCCCUCCGAAACCUCCACAUGUCAUAGGACGUCGUGCUCACGAGGUAGAUGAAAUCAUAGCCCAAAAGCUGGGGGAGCUUAAAAAGUCCAGUGACAACGGACUGAGAUAUCUAUACAUCUCAGGUAAUCCUGGAAGUGGAAAAUCACAGCUAGCUGGCCUUGUAGCCAAGAGAUUCUAUGACCAAGUCAAAGAAAUGCCCAGUGCUUCUUCAUUUGUGAUGACGUUAAAUGCUGAAACGCUAAAUUCACUAUUAGAGUCAUACGUUUCAUUUGCUCGCCAGGUGAAAUGCCCAGACGAUUCAGUUACAAAAACCCUCGGUUCCGAGGAUGAUGACAUUAAGGAAAAAAUCGCCAAUCUUAAGAUGCUUAUUGCUGCAAAAAUUGCCUGUUACAAGCCAUGGCUGUUGGUGGUUGACAACGUCACUAACCUGUCUUCUGUACACGUUCACCUGCCACAAGCUGGAGACGAAACGUGGGCAAAUGGUCAGUUGUUAAUUACAACCCAGGAUACGUCAUCUAUCCCAUCAGAGAACUCUUGCAUCAAACACAUCUCAGUCAGCAAAGGUAUGAAGCCCGGUGAUGCGAUUACCUUGUUAGCCGAAAUUUCUGGGAUCCUCAACAGUGAGCCGUGGAGCAAAAAAGUAGCAGAAGAACUGGACUUUCAGCCUCUUGCUUUAGCAGCCGCUGCCGUCUUCGUCAAGGAAAUUCGUCAAGAUAAACCAUUAGGAGAUUUUGGCUGGUUAGAAUACCUGAAAAUUUUAAAAGAAGGCAAGCGAGGAACUACCGAGGAGAUCCUUGCUGAAACCAACUUCGUUUACCCAUACACAAUGACCAAAGCAAUAACACUAGCCGUCCAAAAACUGAUUAACUCUGACGAAUUUGUUAAACAUUUUUUUACGUUUCUUUCUCUCUGCGCACCGCAACCAUUAAAGGUGGACAUAAUAGUUGAUUACAUUAUUAACUGCCUAGACGGACGCGUUAAUGAAACGGACAGGGCUCGUAUUCGCAUGAGCCUCAGGAGAUGCUCACUUCUGAUUUUUGAAGGCGAUUUUAUUCGUGUUCAUCAGAUUGUAUACCAAGUUAACAAAACUUUGAUUAACGACCAACAAAAACGUCGAAACCUCGAGACAAUCAAUGGCGCUGUUUCCUCAUUCCACAAAUUUAUAAUUCAUACCUUCCAAGAGAGUAAGACACUGAAAACCAUACACAUUGUCCCUCAUUUAAAAGCCUUAAUUAUGGAAGUUGAUAACUUCCUUUUACACGACGGUCAAGAUCAGGUUCCAAGUUUGUCAGCAGAGAAAUUUAAAAACCUUGGAGAUGUUUGUGGCACACAUUCUGAAUUCAAAGAGGCUAAAAAGUACUUUGAACAUGCACUCACAAUUGAGCUGAGUGAGCCAGAGCCCAACCACAUCAAUAUAGCAACCACCAAAGUCUACUUAGCUUUAACUGAACAGGGGUUAGGUAACAUUGAGGAAGCCCUCGAAUAUCAGCAAAGUGCUCUUGCAAUUCAGCUCGAGAAACAUGGUGAAAAUCAUGUUGAUGUGGCAACGAGCUACAGUAACUUAGCUUCAAUUUACCAAGACCGAGGUGACCUUGAGAAAGCCCUGGAAUAUCAGCAACUUGCUCUAUCUAUUCGUCUCAACGGACUUGGCGAGGACCAUGUUGAUGUUGCAGAAAGCUACUAUAGCUUAGCUUCAAUUCAGCAGGCCUUAGGUAACCUUAAAGAAGCCAUAGGGUUACAAAAAAGUGCUCUUGAUAUUGAGGAGAGGAUACUUGGUCCCGACGAUAUUGCUGUUGCGGCAAGCUACAGCAACUUUGCUUCAAUUUGUCAGGACUUAGGUGAACUUAAGGUAGCCAAGAAGUAUCAGCAGCAUGCUCUUGAUAUUGAGGUUAAACAUUUUGGCCCUGAACAUGUUGAUGUUGCAACUAGCUACAGUAAUUUGGCUUCAAUUCUUCAGGACCUUGGUGACCUUGAACAAGCUUUGGAUUGUCAGCAGCGUGCCCUUUCUAUUGAGUACGAAAAACUUGGCCCCGAACAUGUUGCAGUUGCAACGAGUUACAGUCACUUAGCGUUAAUGCACAGGGAUUUAGGUGACUUCAAGAAAGCCAAGGAAUACCAGCAGUUUGCUCUUGAUAUUGAGCUUAAGAAACUUGGCCCGGAACAUGUUGAUGUCGCAAAGAGCUACACUAACCUAGCUUUAAUUCAUCAAGACUUAGGUGAUCUUGAGCAAGGUAAGGAGUACCAGCAACUUGCUCUUAAUAUUGACCUCAAGAAGCUUGACUCCGAACAUUUAUCUGUUGCGAAGGACUACAGCAACUUAGCUUUAUUUCACCGAGACUUAGGUGAUCUAAAGAAGGCAAAGGAGUAUCAACAACGUGCUCUUGAUAUUCAAUCCAAGAAACUUGGUAGAGAACAUGUCGACGUUGCAAAGAGCUACAGUAACUUUGCUUUAAUUUACGUUGACUCAGGCGACCUUAACAAAGCCAAGGAGUACCAGGAACGUGCUCUUAGUAUUCAGCUCCAUAAACUUGAUGAAGAGCAUAUUGAGGUUGCAAAGAGUUAUAGGAACUUAGCUUUAAUUCACCAGGGCUUAAGAAAACUUACAGAAGCCAAGGAGCAGGAGGAACGCUUUGAUGCUAUCCGUCCCAACAGCUGGCUGUUCUUUGAUUAUAUUAUUUUUGUAAGCUUAGUCAUUUUUGCACUUUAUUAUAUUUGGCCUUAACUAAAAUAUCUGAAUAUUUUGCUUAACACCUUAACUGCAAUAUAUUUUAUAUCUAGGGUCUUAAAUUGGUAAUGAUUCCACAGUUUAUAGAUCUUGGAAAUUUAACAUUCUGCGAUUAUGUUUUCAGUGACGGAAAGAAACAAUUUUACAAGCUUAUCUCUAAACCUAAGUGA